CGUGAGCUGCUGUCUUUCUCCCCCUUCUUUCUCUUUCUUUCUUUCAGAAGAAAGGAGGAAAGGAGGGCAACGGUCGCUUAGCUCGGGACUACUGGGUUCUUUUUUUCUGGUAUUUCGAUUGGAGGGGAGAAGAUGGGAGGGGACAACGCGAUCAGUCUCGAUGAGAUCAAGAACGAGGCCGUUGAUCUGGAACGGAUUCCCGUAGAGGAAGUGUUCGAACAGCUGAAAUGUACCCGGGAAGGUCUCUCGGCGUCGGAGGGAGAGAACCGGCUCCAAAUCUUCGGCCCCAACAAGCUCGAAGAAAAGAAGGAAAGCAAAUUUCUCAAGUUCUUGGGAUUUAUGUGGAACCCCCUCUCCUGGGUCAUGGAGAUGGCUGCGAUCAUGGCUAUUGCCUUGGCAAACGGUGGCGGGAAGCCCCCAGACUGGCAAGACUUCGUGGGAAUCAUUGCGCUGCUUGUCAUCAACUCCACUAUCUCUUUCAUCGAAGAGAACAACGCCGGCAACGCAGCGGCCGCCCUCAUGGCUGGCCUCGCUCCGAAAACGAAGGUGCUCAGAGAUGGCGUCUGGAGUGAGCAGGAUGCUUCCAUUCUGGUUCCGGGAGACAUCAUUAGUAUCAAACUGGGAGACAUCAUCCCGGCUGACGCGCGUCUUCUCGAGGGAGAUCCUCUGAAGAUCGACCAGUCCGCGCUCACCGGCGAGUCCCUCCCCGUCAGCAAGAAUCCGGGAGAUGAGGUGUUCUCCGGUUCAACCUGCAAACAAGGUGAGAUCGAGGCCGUCGUCAUCGCCACCGGGGUUCACACCUUCUUCGGGAAGGCAGCCCAUCUGGUGGACAGCACCAACCAAGUCGGGCAUUUCCAGAAGGUCCUGACAGCCAUUGGUAACUUCUGUAUCUGCUCCAUCGCCGUCGGGAUCUUUGUCGAGAUCAUAGUCAUGUUCCCGAUCCAGCACCGCAAGUACAGGGACGGGAUCGACAACCUCUUGGUCCUCCUGAUCGGAGGGAUACCGAUCGCCAUGCCGACCGUCCUCUCGGUGACCAUGGCCAUCGGGUCUCACAGGCUAUCCCAGCAAGGUGCCAUCACCAAGAGGAUGACCGCGAUCGAAGAGAUGGCCGGCAUGGAUGUCCUCUGCAGCGACAAAACCGGCACCCUCACCCUCAACAAGCUCAGUGUCGACAAAAACCUUGUCGAGGUCUUCACCAAAGGUGUCGAUAAAGACCAUGUCCUCCUAUUGGCAGCCAGGGCUUCCAGGACAGAGAAUCAGGAUGCUAUCGAUGCCGCCAUGGUUGGCAUGCUUGCUGACCCUAAAGAGGCAAGAGCUGGCAUCAGGGAGGUGCAUUUCCUUCCCUUCAACCCUGUGGACAAGAGAACUGCUCUUACUUACAUCGAUGCUGAUGGCAGCUGGCACCGUGCGAGUAAAGGGGCCCCUGAACAGAUCAUGGACCUUUGCAGCUGCAGAGAGGAUGUCAGGAAAAGGGCUCACAGCGUGAUCGACAAAUUUGCUGAACGCGGGCUUCGGUCACUGGCUGUUGCAAGACAGGAAGUUCCUGAGAAGACCAAGGAGAGUGCAGGGGGGCCAUGGCAAUUUAUUGGAUUGUUGCCUCUCUUUGAUCCUCCAAGGCAUGAUAGUGCAGAGACCAUUCGUAGGGCUCUCAACCUUGGUGUGAAUGUGAAGAUGAUUACGGGCGAUCAGCUUGCGAUUGCCAAGGAGACUGGCCGGAGGCUCGGAAUGGGAACAAACAUGUACCCAUCCUCUUCCUUGCUUGGUCAGCACAAAGAUGAUUCUAUUGCUGGACUUCCAGUAGAUGAAUUGAUCGAGAAGGCUGACGGGUUUGCUGGAGUUUUUCCUGAGCAUAAAUACGAAAUCGUGAAGAAGUUGCAGGAAAGGAAGCACUUAUGUGGAAUGACAGGAGAUGGUGUGAAUGAUGCACCGGCGUUGAAGAAAGCAGAUAUAGGAAUCGCCGUCGCCGAUGCCACCGAUGCUGCUAGAAGUGCUUCAGACAUAGUCCUCACUGAACCUGGGCUUAGUGUCAUUAUCAGUGCUGUUCUCACCAGCAGAGCCAUCUUCCAGAGAAUGAAGAACUACACUAUCUACGCAGUUUCAAUCACCAUCCGUAUUGUGCUUGGGUUCAUGCUUAUUGCACUGAUAUGGAAAUUCGACUUCUCGCCUUUCAUGGUUUUGAUCAUUGCCAUCCUUAAUGACGGUACGAUCAUGACAAUAUCGAAAGAUCGAGUGAAGCCAUCUCCGCUGCCAGACAGCUGGAAGUUGAGAGAGAUUUUUGCUACUGGUGUAGUGUUGGGUACUUACUUGGCAUUGAUGACUGUCGUCUUCUUCUGGGCUAUGAAGGAGACUGACUUCUUUUCCGAUAAAUUCAAGGUUCGAUCAUUGAGGCACAACGACCAUGAAAUGAUGGCUGCAUUAUAUUUGCAAGUCAGUAUUGUGAGUCAGGCUCUCAUAUUCGUCACCCGGUCUCGCAGUUGGUGCUUUGUCGAACGCCCUGGACUUCUUCUAGUCAGUGCUUUUAUGAUUGCUCAACUUGUUGCAACUCUCAUUGCUGUCUAUGCCGACUGGAGUUUUGCACGGAUUAAAGGUGUCGGGUGGGGCUGGGCUGGAGUGAUCUGGCUCUACAGCAUUGUUUUCUUUGUCCCACUUGACUGGUUCAAAUUUGCCAUUCGCUACAUUCUAAGUGGGAAGGCUUGGGAUAAUCUCCUAGAGAGGAAGACUGCCUUCACCAGUAAGAAGGAUUAUGGUAGAGAGGAGAGGGAAGCUCAAUGGGCUACGGCACAGAGAACGCUUCAUGGACUCCAACCUCGGGAAACUAGCACUCUUUUCAGUGAAAAGAGCAGCUAUCAUGAGCUCUCAGAAAUUGCUGAGCAGGCCAAACGGCGAGCAGAGAUUGCAAAGCUAAGAGAGCUUAACACUCUAAAGGGUCAUGUGGAAUCGGUGGUCAAGCUGAAGGGGCUCGACAUCAACACCAUCCAGCAGAGUUACACAGUGUAGUGGUAAUUUGUGCAAAGGAAAGAGACUUGCAUGAACUGGUGGGCAUGCAAGGGAAGCAGAGAGCGUUCACAAUUCAGGGAAAGAAGUAGAAAUUAUAUCAGUACGUGAUGUAGCGAGUGCAAUGUAAUUCUAAGUCUAUUUAUCUUAACAAGUUACGUUCAGUUUCCUUGUCUUCU